UACUGCAAAAAUCACCUGUACUUGAAAGUAUUUGCGAUUUUUGCAGUAUUGCGCGCUUUUCUGUAGUACAGAGAUUGUACAUGAAUUAUGUAUCAAUGUAUCUGAUAAAGGUCGUUAAGGUAAACAAAAUGAGCCUAUUGGGUAUGGGUCUAUUCCGAAUUGGCAAAAAAUUUCUUGUUUAAGUACUUUUUUUCUUCAAAAGUACUCGUCCUAGCUCUGGAUGGAGCUAUGCUUUAUUUAAUUUCUACAUACCAUGAAUCGCGCCGAUUACAUAUAGAACACAUGUUUAAAUACUCAACCAUCAGAGAGAACAAAAAAGCAUGAGUGGUGAGGACAAAUAUCAAGGACAAUAAUAUAAGAACAAAACGCAGAGCUAAAGCAAAAUGAUUAGUAAGGAGAAAAUAGUAGUUACGCUUAAGCUUCAGUUGUAUAGGUAUUUCGUAUGCAGGUCGCAUAUGAAAAAGAUAAGAACAUUGUGUUAUAAAAUAGAUGAGUUAAUAUCACGUUCUUCAACCUUUCAUCUGAUAAUAUUUUUCCACGUCAUCACCACUCUUGAUAUUACUUUUUUUCCCUUCUCUUCGCCUAUUCCCACUAUGCGACGAGUCAAAAUAAGCAAGAAAAACACAACUAACUAAUACAUUGAGUUGAACCAUUUCCAAAUCCCAAAGAGUUUCUUGUGUGGAAACAUUUUCCUUUAAUGUUUUCUAGGUAUUUUAAAUAAGUUUUGUUUUAUUUCAAAGAUAAUGCGGAAUCUUUUAUGGGAAAAAAUGGAAGUUGGCAUAUUAUUCGCUACUGCCUAAUGUCGGGUUUGUUGCCGUCAUUUGCAUCGGCUGCUCCCACGAUGUGAGCCCGGGUGUGGGCAUGAGUGUGUGGUGUGGGUGCGGAUCGUCCGAAAAUCCAGUCACUGACACGCACACCCACCCAAGAUUUAGUAUGUCUGCUCAUCAUAAUGUAAAUUUAGGAAAUAACUCUGAUUUUCCGUCCAUCGCAAAAGAUGUUAGUGAUUUUGAUAAUUCAUAGUAGCAUGAACUCAUUUACUUACUUCAUCUAUUCGUAAUGAAUCUUAUGAAGCAAACGACAAAAUACUGAAUGUAAUACGAAAUGCUAAGUUGAAAACAGAUAUCGAAUUUCUUGAGACAACGUGUUAAGGGUUAAUUAAUCUAAUAGAAGCAUCAAAUAAUUUUUAUUUAAAUAUUCAUUAUGACGAAAAAAUUAAUCAAACAAGCGACCAGCAAUUGACAGUAAAUAAAUCUAUUUUCUUUUUUUUUUAAUAAAUAAAUUGUUUUUAUUUUAAGCCUGAUGUUAUAAUUGCAUCAUUAAGUCAAAGGUUAUCAUCAACAAUAACAACAAAUCUAGAAUUAUUUUUAUUGAAAAUAAAAGCUGAAUAUGAAUAUUCACCAUUUGGUGAACAAUUAUUAGGCUAUGAAUUAACUGGACAUGAAUCUUCUUAUUUUAUUCAUCGUAUAAAUCAACAAAAUUUACCUAGUAACUCAAAAUUCUUUGAUUGUGAAAUGUUAAUUUUACCACCUUAUCAACGAAAAGGUCACGGACGACGUCUUUUAACAGCAAUUUAUGAAGAUUUACGAACAAAUUCACGUGUUCAAGACAUUAAAGCUGAAGAUCCAUCGGAUGAAUUUGUUGCAUUACGUGAUCUUGUUUCACUUGAAUUAUGUCAUAAAUAUUUACCAGAUUUAUUUUCUAAAGAAUCAAUACUUAAAACUGAUCGUGUAACAAAAGAAAUGAUUGAUAAAGCACGAGAAGUUUUAAAUUAA